GAAGCUAAAGACAAAGAGUAUUCGUGCGACGUGACGACCAACACGGCGAUGUUCUUCCAGAUGACCAUGUCCGUCACCCUUUGCGUCUUUAUCUACGAGGGAACAUCCUACAAUUUGAUUUUUUUGGGGCGGGUCUUACCCGCCUUGGGAGAGGCAAGUCUAGUACCUUUCUUCUUUCUGCUUUUCAACAUCGUUUGGGUCUUGGCCCUUUGCGCCUACCUGCGGGCCUUUCUGGCCGAUCCAGGGCGGGUCCCGACUUCGUGGCAUGAAUUCGUGCUUGAGGUCGGAUCCGCUCUGCCGGUCGUUCCCUCGACGGCCAGAUGGACACCGGGGAAGGCGACCUUCUGCCGGAAAUGCAGCAUCCCGCGACCCGAGCGGGCUCACCACUGCAACGUCAGUGGCUUCUGCGUCCUUCGCAUGGACCACUACUGCCCUUGGGUCAACAACUGCGUUGGGCUUGGCAACUACAAGUUCUUCUUGCAGCUGGUGGUCUACGGCAGCUUAGCAUCGUUCAUUGGCAUCGCUACGUCCUUCCGGGAAUUUCUCCUCUGCGUUGGCAAACUCGCCGGCAUUGAAGACAACCUGUGGAAGGAAGAUCUUCAGAUCACGGACAUGGUGGCCUUUAUGAUGUUUGAAGGUCUCGCUGUGUUCCUUUGCAUCUUGCUGCUGCCAAUGCUGUUUACCCACGUGCCACUGGCACUCAGCAACACGACGGCCAUUGAGGCCAACUACGACAACAUGGCAAAUCCCUACGACUUGGGCAGCAAGCUGGCCAACCUGGAGCAAGUCUUUGGCGUCUUCGGGCCCGAUUGGUUCUUCCCGGUGCAGCCGUUCGAGCCGCUAGGCGACGGAGUCAGCUUUCCUCGCUGGGACGAGCCAUUGG